CAUUUAAUUACUAAAAUGGAGCAUCAUAGUGAUUUUAACCCCUAUGUGAAUAACGGAGGAACAGUGGUUGCCGCCGUCUGGAACAACUGCGCGGUAAUCGCCGCGGACACCCGUUUGUCUAUAGGUUACGCAAUACAUACACGAAAUGUAUCUAAACUAAAGAAGCUGACCCAGACCUGCGUCAUUGGGACUUCGGGUAUGCAAGCGGAUAUGCACGCUCUACAUUCCGCCCUAGAGCGCCAAAUCGAGCUCUACCGCUUCAAACACCACAGGGAGCCUGGAAUAUCUGUUAUUGCACAGUUGCUUUCAACCAUACUCUACAGCCGUAGAUUCUUCCCAUACUAUACAUUUAAUAUACUAUGCGGUGUCGAUGAAAAUGGUCGGGGUAUAACCUGUGGUUUCGACGCCAUCGGUAACUAUGGCUUUGAUGCAUACAUGGCCAAAGGCACCAGCUCCUCGUUAAUCAUGUCAAUACUAGACAAUCACUUGACAAGUCGAAACCAACAGAAGCACAACGAGAUACAAUCGCUAGAGGAACUGAUUAACGUUAUCAAAGGCGCAAUGACCAGCGCGGUGGAGCGCGAUAUUUUCACAGGCGAUGCUGCUGAAGUUAUUGUAAUCGAUUCUAUGGUACACGAUCCCAUACGCAUGCCCAUGCGCGUGGAUUAGAGAUCACUAUUGUA